ACAUUUUGCUAAGAAAAUUAACAUUGAAACUUAUUAGACUUUGGAGCUAACAACUAAUUUUAAAAAUGUAGAUCAACAAUCAUUCUUGCUCUUAGUUGUGAGUAGGGGAGUUGGGGACAAUGCGUGCGCAGUUAUCCUUGAGGAGAGGAGGGAAGAACGGAUUCAACGGAAACAUAUGGGGCCAACAGUUGGCAUCCAAGGUCGAAAACGCCUUGCAACAUGCGGCUUCGACAUUUUCGAAUUUUCCAGAGAAAAUUGAUUUGGCGAUCUCGAGCACACAUCCUUCAACAUUGAAGAGAGACGACCAACAUUUUACAAGAUCAAUGGGUGAGCCAGGUAGGAAAAUUCCUGGAACCGUUGGUGGUGUUUGCAUAUGAGCUACUCCUUGAGUGACAAAAAUGGCAACACAAAGGGAAACAAUUAAAGAGAUUGAGAGAAAAGUUUUGCUUGCCAUCUUUUUUUCUACCUUUUCUUUUUGGUUUUGUUUUAGACUUAGAUGCUUGGGAUGGUUUCGGGUAUAGGAAGAAACUUAGAAUUUAUAG